CCUCUUCCUCCUGAGAAAGUGGAACUCACCCACCCUCCACCCCUCCCCUUCUCUUCCCUCUCCCUCCCAUCCAAGGCUUUAACAGCGGGCAGAGCGGAGCUGCCGGCCACAGUUGUUGGCUGGAUUGUAACAGAGACAGAGAAGCAAGCAUCAUGGACGUGAAGCUGCUGGUGCUGGUGGCUCUGCUGGCCAUCGCUACACAUGUUCCCACCUCAGACGCGUUUUUGUGUGUUUUGUGUUUUUCCAGCCAAGCCCAUCAGUCUGGUGGAGCGGUGCUGGUGUCGCGCCACGCUCAGCACCGUUCCUCAGCGCUCCAUCAAAGAGCUCAAGUUUCUGCACACACCAAACUGCCCCUUCCAAGUCAUUGCGAAGCUGAAGAGCAACAGAGAAGUCUGCAUCAACCCAGAGACCAAGUGGCUGCAGCAGUACUUAAAGAACGCCAUCAACAAGGUGAAAAAGUCCAAAAGACGCAACAACAAGAAAAACUAAAGCCCAGGAAAAGGAUCGUGGAGCGCUCUUCCAAUCUGAGCUGAAACCCCAGGUCAAACCUCUGUACCUCCCUGACGUUGCUCUGGAUGUAUUCAAACCCGCUGGGCGCCUCUACGGACCGCUGGAAGCAGCGCCUCACCUCCGACCCACCUGCAGCAGCACUGCUGAUCCUCACCUCCUGCUUCCCUAUAAAAGCACCAAAUGCAAUGUUUUUGGAAUGACGGGACGCGUGUCGAGUAUAUGAGCUGAGAGACUAACAAAACAAAACUAGAAUGUGUGAAUGUGGCGUACGUGAACUAACUCUCAUUCUGUGCCUGGUUUAAUUUUUAUAAGUGAGAGCUGUAAAAACUGCAGUCUUUCUGACUCCCACGACGCUCGUGCUAGCUCAGUUUGCAAACAAGAUGCUGAGUGUUGUGAGCUGCAGCACUGAUCUUUUCUCUGUUGGCUGAAUGAAGAAGAGUUUUUUUGUUGUUGUUUUUUUAUCUGCAAACACCAAAGGAAAAUCUGCGACCAUGUCCCUGAGACUUACACUAAACGUGUGUUUUCACGCUCACACUUCUUCCCUCUUCCUCCGUCACACAAAUCUGCUGCUUCUCCUCCAUCGCCACAUCAUAAAAGUCUCCCACUUUUCCUCUUGGCUUUGUUGAGGAUGUGGGUUUUUCCGAACACAAAUGCAAAAAGCUACUGUUGAUUUUAAGGCAAAUGUGACAUUCCUUCUUGAUUGAGGGGGUGAUGUGAGAAAACACAGGCUUUGAGGCCUUUUGGUAAUUAGGACUCAGCUCUGGCAUCACGUUCGGGUCAACGCAAAAGAAACUUGUCUAAACUGUAAAAACAAGAAAUGAGCACUGAUUUCACGGUGCUGUAAAUUCAUCACAGGGGGUAAAGCCAUUUGUGUAAUUGUGUUUCAGUUCUGUUUGUGCGAGAAUGAACGUAGUAUGGAGUCAGUUUUGUUUUUUAUUUGAAGGACAUUUGCCAAGUGAACAGGCCACACAGGGAGAGAAACAUUCAUUAGUGCAGCUUUUAUUUAAAUGUUUUUAUGUUUAAUUUUUUUAUCACUGAUUGAGCUUAAAAAGGAGAAAAUAAUGAAUCAACUCAGAAGCUUGUUUGAAGUGUAGGUCUGUGGAGAAGUUAGAGAAUGAGCAAAAACUAUCUUACCUGGAGACAUCAAAUAUUUUUGAUCAGGCUGAUCAGGGAUAAAAUAAACAAGUCUCUUCUAACAGAGAAGCUCAUGCAAAUGCUGUUUUAUUUGCAAAUGUUAAUUUGACACUUCACAGUUAUUUCAGCAAAAAUCUGAGGUUUAAGUGUCCCGGGUGGCACUGAAGUGCUACAGCUAGCUGCUGUUGCUAAUUGUGCUUCAAAAUAACCAGUAAAAUAAUUGCAUAAUGAUAAUGCAAUUAUUUUACUGUGAAGUAAGUAAAGUAAAGUUUUAUUUAUAUAGCACCUUUCAUAGAAAUAGAUUCACAAGGUGCUGCACAAUCAGAGGGAAAUCUAAAAGAUAUACAAUCAGAAUAGGAUAUUAAAAAUUUGGAACAAAAAUUAUAAAAGCUGUACAACCAUCAAAGUAUCAAGACUAUGCAAUCUGAAAAAUAAAACAAGUAAAUAAUAUCUAGACAAAAAUGGUGAGGGCAGAGUAAAACAUUAACAUAUUAAGAUGAAGGGUUUUUAAAUCAGAAAAUAAAUCAGGUAGAUUGUGGAGUACUGGUACAUUUUAGAAAAAUACAUUUUUCACAAAUUAAAAUGAUUUGAAGCAGCUUUUGCAUGAAUUUCUAAGAAACCUUUUAAAUUAGAGUCUGUUUGUUUUUUUUUUUUUAUUAUGCAGAAUUCUUCUUUGUUCUCGGCCUCGCUCAGACAAGCUGUUAUCUCAGUCUGGUCAGAAUUAAACUCUAUUUCUCCAGACUGAGACAAUUUAUAGAUUUAUCUACAAUAAAAUGUUAAAACUCCAGCCCAAAAGAUCUGAACUAUCCCUUCAAAAUGCAGCUUCACCUCAAAGGGCCUAAAAUUCACACUGUUUUAUUGGAAGUUUUAUUGUUUUUUUAAGACAGAAAGGGUAAAUGUUGAGGAGGAGUUGUGUAUGGGAUGGAAAAUGUAAAGUUUUUAGACCAACACCUGUCCUUAGUAGGAACAAAAAGCUAAGAAACUGAAAUAGCUGAAUGAUUGUUGUCACAUAGGGACUGUUCACAGUGGCAAAGG